UUCUAAUCUUUUUUUCCAUUCCUACUUCAUAACGACUCAAGACACGAAAGCAUGAAUGAGCUUACGAUACCCACGAGAUGCCAAGCAUAAGAUAGAAUAUAAUUCAGCGCUUUGAUUAUAGUUUAUGGUUUUCUUUCCCACAACGCUCUUACCAUUUGGCGUGUCCACGAUCGCCCCUGUCAACAUCGGCCAGUCGCACUACCUGACAGCGCCACGGAUUGGCAAGCACCGACCGAGGUCAGCAGCCACAUCGUAUCUCGCAUUGGGUAGAAGCACCACUGACAUCGGAGAGAACGUCUUUAACAGCCGGGAUAAAUACAAUGCGACAGAGCACUUCACACGUCGACUCGAAUCUUGCGCGUGUAAGACGCUCACAAGUGUAACUUCACCACCAUGGCCCUCACGCACCUCUUAGCAAAGCUAUCGAUCUUCCCACGCAUCCUGCAACCCACAACCGAUGCCCUCUUCUCCAGUCUCCCAUUCACCCAUCGAUGGCGCCUCCUCCUUCUCCAACCCAUCAACGUUCUUGCCUUCUCCCUAACCUGCUCCACCUUCCUCUUCACCACCUCCUACACCGUGACCUACAUCCCUACCCGCAGCGGCCCAAAGCGCUGCCUCGUCUUCCAGCCGCCUCGCCUUCCACCCGACACCGCCCCGCGCCCGCUGCACAUCGACUUCCACGGCGGCGGCUUCGUCGGCGGCGGCCCCGAGCAGAACGUCCGCUGGUGCGCACUGCUGGCGCAGCGCACCGGCGCCGUCGUCGUGAGCGGCUCGUACCGGCUGGCGCCGCGGCACGUGUAUCCCGCAGCACACGACGACGCGGACGACAUUGUGCGCCACGCCGUUGCGAACGCCGCGGUGUUGGGCGCAGACUCGGGCUUGCUGACGUUGGGGGGCAGUUCUGCGGGCGGCGCGCUGGCGCUGGGGGCGUGUCAGGGCUUGCCGGCUGGCGCGGCCAAGGCGUGGCUUGGGUUCUGCGUCCCUGUGGAUUUGAGGCUGAGGCCGCGGGAUAAAGUGCGGCCUGAGGGGUUUCCGGCGCGGAAUCCGUUGGCGGUUCUCGAGCCGCUGUUUGAUGCGUAUGCGGGGACGGAGAGGGAGGGGAAUAGUGGGGAUGCGAGGUGUCAUCCUGUUCUUGCUGGCAGUGAGGAUUUGCCCGAGGAUUUGCUGUUUGUGUGUGCAGGGAUCGAUAUUCUUCUGCAUGAGCAGACGGUGCUUGUUGAGAGGCUUGACAGGGAAAGGACGGAGAGGGGUGAUGGGGCGGUGGAUGUCAUGGUCGUGGAGAAGGGGUUUCAUGGGUUUAUUGAGUUGCCUUCGUUGAUCAUGGAGAAGGAAAGGCUAGAGGUUUUCGAGAAGGCACUUGGCUUUGUGAAAGCAGUGCACAGGAAGCACGGGUUCGACUUCGACUAUAAGAAGCAGCGGGUAAUGUAGGAGCGCGAAAUUCCGGUGUUCGGAUAUCCCUUCCAGCG